AUGGGCAAGAAAUCCAAAUCCCACUCGGAGAAAGCUCCGCAAACGGGCCAAACUGAGGCCUCUCUUCCUUUCCUGAGCGGAAAGGCCUCUGUGGAUCCGAGUUUGGCUUCGCUGUUUGAGCAAAGUGCGGGUCCAGUGAAAGCCCCCCAGGUUCCGGCACCCGUUGCGACGUCAAAGGCCGAGACUCUCGACGAUGAAAGCGCCGAAAAUGAGGAGGCAGGGUCGGCCGAGGAAGACGAGGUCAUGCAGGAAGCUUCCGAGCCCGUGGAAGCGUCCGAAGCUCCCAACCGGAAACGCAAGAGGACAAAUGGAGAAGAUCUCGAAGAGACAUACAUGCGUCGCAUAGCGAAGGAGGAGGAGAAGGAAGAGAAGAAACGUCUUUCGGAGAAGGCGAAGCGACAGAAGGUUGAAGAGGAAGAGGAGGAGGAAGGUAGCGACGAGGACGACUCGUCUUCCGAGCAAUCGCAAGAUGAAGCAGAGAGCUCCGACGAGAACGAGGGCAAAAUUGCCCUCCCGAAGCACGAGAGCCAAUCUGCAGAUGCUGGCUCCCCAGAGAUCGAGAAGUCGAAUCGAACGGUCUUCUUAGGCAACGUCUCGAACGAGGCCAUCAAGUCUAAGACCGCCAAGAAGACCCUUUUGAAACAUCUCGGAUCGUUUCUCUCAGGGCUUCCUGAAUCUACGGGGCCCCAUAAAGUGGAAUCGAUCCGUUUCCGCUCCACGGCCUUUUCGGGCGGCGGGCAUCUCCCCAAGCGAGCCAGUUUCACCCAAAAGGAACUAAUGGACGAAACCACGCCCAGCACCAAUGCCUACGUUGUCUACAGCACCCUACAGGCUGCGCGGAAAGCCCCCGCAGCUCUGAACGGCACCGUGACCCUCGACCGACAUCUGCGUGUCGACAGCGUCGCGCAUCCCUCGCAAACCGACCACAAACGGUGCGUUUUCGUCGGCAACCUCGAUUUCGUCGACCACGAGACCAACCCGGAUGAGGAGGAGAAAAAGAAGAAGAGGAAGGCCCCGGCCGAUGUCGAGGAAGGUCUGUGGCGGACGUUCAAUGCCCACACGACCCGUUCCAAGGAGAGGGAGGCCAGCCGAGGCAACGUCGAGUCCGUUCGGGUGAUCCGUGACCGUGCCACCCGCGUUGGCAAAGGCUUCGCCUAUGUGCAAUUUUACGACCAAAACUGCGUGGAGGAGGCGCUCCUCCUGGACGGAAAGCAAUUCCCGCCCAUGCUACCACGGAAGCUGCGGGUUUCCCGGGCCAAGAAGCAGUUGAAGAAACGCGAUGACAACAAUGCUCCGCCCGCCAGACUUCGGGACUCCGAUAAGACGCUCCAGGGCCGUGCCGGUAGGCUGUUCGGCAAGGCCGGGGCCGCCAAGGUGAAGGCAGACGCAACGAAAUCCAUCUCGCAGAACUCCAUGGUAUUCGAGGGUCACCGCGCGACUGACGAUGGCUCGUCUCGUAUCCGAGUCAAGACCAAGAGCCGUGGUUCUAAAGGCAAGCCGAAAAACCGGAGCAGUCAGCGGGCAGCGGCCUACAAAGCGGCCGGUGGGCGUAAAGGCAAAAUGGAGAACAAGUGAUAUCAGUAUGGUCUAGUAUUUUUUUUUCUUUUUCUGUAUGUAUUUUCGGUCAAAAGUAUUGAGCGCCUAGAACAUCAUCAAUACAAUAUCCAGAGGAUUCGGCGCGU